AUGGAGAUGCUCCUCAAGAUGGUCAUGGCCGCCCUAAUCUUCUACUUCUCCGUCAACUGGGCCGUCAAGCACUCACUCCUCAUCUUCUACACCGAGCUCACUUUCGAGCCAUGGGCCCGCCGUUGCAUCUUCAUCAUGCAUAUCGUCGCCUUCUCCUUCGGUCUCACCUGCGUCGUAACCAGCAUCUUCCAAUGCGUCCCAGUGGCAAAAUGGUGGGACCCAACCAUCGAGGGCUACUGCAUCAACCUGAGUGAUUUCUCCUACUUCAACUCGGUCUUCAUGGUGGCCUGCGAUGCCGUCCUCUAUAUCCUCCCCGUCAUCUUCACCUGGAACGUUAAGCUCAGGCGCCACCACCGCAUCGCCGUCAACUUCCUCUUCGCCUUGGGCGGACUCGUCCUCGCUGCAAGCGCAACUCGCGUCUACUUUGUCCAUCGACUCGCCGUCAUGGGGGACUUCCCCUUCCAAUACGCCGCAUCCAUGAUCUGCGCCGUCGUGGAGAACCAUCUUGCCGUUAUUGUCGCCUGCGCGCCUAGUAUCAAAGCCGUCCUCAUCCGCUACUACCCCAGCCUGCAAAGCAAGUUCGAACGCAUCAUCAGCGACGAGGGCUCCGGCUCAAAGGGCAAAGCAUACCGGACUGGGAGCAGCGAUCGUGCUACAUAUGAUCCUGAGGCUGGGACCAACGGCAGUGAAGAUGUCAAGCUGCAGAUUGUCAAGACACAAGAUGUCAAGAUUGAGAGGCCAGAUGCGAAUCGCAUGAUCACUGGUAGCAGUGGGAAGAGUGAAGGUAGUCUACUAGGACGCUGGUGGCGGGCGCCUAACAACUGGAACGUCAGCGUCGAGAGCCAAGGGAAAUAA